AUGCACAACCGCUUCCCACUGCCCGACGGCUUUUUCCCAGCGAUCCACUUGACAAGCGCCGACGUUGAGCGCUACGAGGCGCAGAUGGAGGCGAUCGUCGACAACGCGCUGGCAGAGUACGAGCUGCACGAGGCCAAGGGGUCGUACCCCGUCUACCGCGCGCCGUGGAGCCUCCUGAACAAAGUGGAGAGCCUCAGUGCGAUCAAGAAGGAGACCUUCGAGGACUUGCAGACCAGCGAGGCGCGUAUCUUUGGCCGCAUGAACGGCAAUUACCGCCACUUUAUCGACUUUUUCUACGCCGAGACGUCGGCGGAGCUGUUCACGUGGAACCAGUUCAUGUUUGGGUACGCGACGGACGCGGCUGUGCUCAAGAACAUUUACACGGUGGCGUCUGGGAAACAGUGUCUCUACAUGGGCAUCAAGUGGACGUGUCUGAACCCGUCGCAGCUCGUGAAAAAGCGCGACAACUGCUACAUGGAGUACCUCAUCUACACGAAAGAUCGACGUGGCCGCGACGUGGGCGUCCGCGUGACGCUUCCACUCGACAUUCCCGAGUGCCCCGAGCUGCCGAAGAGGUUCCGGACGAAGCGCAUUCGUCUCAACACGGUGUGGAUCUCCAGACCCGCUGACCGCAAGUCGAACGUCACCGAGUUCUUCAUGAUGUCGCAGAACAAUUUCAACGGCCUCGCAGUCACCGCCAGCUACUACAAGCGCAUGAUGAACAUCCUCAUCAACAUGGCGGUCUUCGUCGACUCGCGGCGCAUCCUGAUGCUCGGAGUCAUGGCUCGAAAGUGCUGGGCGAAGUCGAGCUCGCGCAAAAGUUGCAGUGUGUGCUCCCGCAAGUUUGGCGCGACACGCCACCGCCACCACUGUAGGCUGUGCGGAGAACUCAUUUGCCGGCGCUGUGCUAUCGUUCGUGACGCCGUCAAGGACGAGAAGCCGAACAGUGCGGCGACGUCGAACAGAACGUUUGACAUUGUCAAGACGAAGUUCUGCGUUCUGUGUGUGACGAAGAUGCGAAGCUGUUGCACCAAUACGUUGAUCCCUGUGCUGAGUGACAAAUUAUCGAUUGCCGCUUGUGAGGACAUGGACUUCGACACCUCUUGCAAUUCGGUCGUGACUGAGACUGAGACCGAAUCUGAAGGCGGCCGCGCUUCCUUGUUCUCCAUGUCGGCAGGAACUGUGAAAGGCCAAUCGCUGCAACUAUCGCCACAUACAGCGGCGACUGUUGACCCGGAUGAUGGCAUGGUAUCGUUUGUGUCGAAAGCGGAUGUGGAUGAUGACCAGUCCAUGACCGUUCUAGCCGAUCACCUAAGGACGACUCACGGAUGUAUCGCAGAAGAGAUCGCGGAGAUUAUCGACACGAUCGAUAUGUUACCGGUCUCUUCCCUUCACUCCUCCCUACGCCGAAGUGAAUCAACUCGGAACCGUGACGCGGAUGAUGAAGACGGUAUAACGGGCUUUAAUAAUGGCCCCAGUUGGUCUCCUCUCCAGUUCAAGGCCUCCCCUCGAUCCAUUGGCCAAUGUCUUGCAGAACAGGAGGAGCUGCUUCGCCUCAUGUUGUCGGCAAGCAGUUUGCGCCACCUGACUGCUGCUGCUAAUGCGCAAAAUAGUGAGAUCCUGAGUAAGAGCGGGUGUAGCAUUUCUAGUAGCACGCAGUCGACCGAGUCAUGCGUCAGUGCCACACCCUUUGAGUGUUAG